AUGAACAAAGCUAUAAAUACUAUUGAAAAAGUAGAUAUAUUUGGUGUUCCUAUUUGCCUUCUAUCUAAUACAAAUAACUAAAGAUAUCAAAGCAAGUUUGGUGGGAUAAUAACUAUUUUGUUAAGUGGAUUAAGUUUAGUUUAUUUUGUAUAUGUGAUUGCUCUAUGGAUCAAUAAUUAGAUAGCACCUAAUAUAAGCUCAAAGUAAAGGACCAUAGGUUAUGCUGAAUUUUAAUUGUAGGAAUCUAUGAUUGAACUGACAUUAGAAGAUUUCACUGGAGAUGUUGAUCCUUUCAAAAAAGAAAAUAAUAUCAUUACACCUUUAUUAGUGACCUUUAUGAAUACCACUGUUUAAGAAAAGCCAAUUCCUUUGUUUUCAAAUGAUGAAAAACCAUAUAGAAUUGAAUUAAGCAAUGUUAAUCUAGUUUUAAAUACACUGGAUUCUGUUGAUGAAACACAAAAAUUAUAAGAAUAACACGCAAUUGUACUUGCAAGAUGUUCAAGUUAAUUUCUCAUUGAGGGAAGUAAUUGUGCUGAUGAAAAAACAAUAGAUGAAUAUUUAUCUAGAUUUCAUGGGUUUUUAUUCAUUAAAAUUAAAUUAAGUUAAUUAAAUCUAAUAACAAAAGAAUUAGAACAAUUCAAAAAAUUAUUUUAUACAAGCUUUGAUGCUAAAAAGCCAUAGUACUCUCAAAUAAUGUUGAAAUAGUAAUAAUCAAUAAUCGAUAAUGGUAUUUUAUUUAAUUCUUAUGAAAAUUUUAAUUUUUUAAAUAACUAUGAAUUGAUUACUUAAGAGACAGAUAAAACAUACGUUACAAAAGUAAUUAAUGCAAUGUCAAGUUUCAAUUAUAAUUUUGAUAGCUAUGGAUGUUAUUUAUUUAGGAUUGAUAAUAUUUCUAUUGUUGAAGAAAUUACCUAUCCUAAAUUAGGUGUUGUAUUAGCAUAAAUUGGAUCCAUUAUCUAACUAAUAUUUAUGUUGAAACAUGUAGUAUUAUACUAUAAUAAUUAAUUAUCAGAAAAUGAGUUAUUAAAUGAAAUCAUUACAAUGUACUAUCCAGAAUUUAAAUAAUAUUCUGUGAAUUUCUUAAAUCUAUUUAAAUUUGAUAAAUAAGAUAUAAAUAAUAAAUUGUAACCAAUAGAAAAUUUAAAACAGCGGUAUUAAAUAUUAUAAAAAGGAGCAAGAGAAAAAUGCAGAUUAACAAAUCUGCUUUAUGAAAUUUCAAGAAUUUAAUUUAUUCUCUAAGAUAAAUUUGGAGAUUAGAUCUUAUCAUAAAGUCAUUAAAUGGGAGGGAAACUUUUGAACACAUAAAUAGAAUUGCAAAGUUUAAAGGAAUCAAAUCGUUUAUAAAUUAAACCUAUAGAUUCUAUUGAUUUAGAAAACUAAUGUUAUGCUAUAGAACCUUUAGAAAUUUUGAUAAAAUAAACCUGA